CUUAAAACAAUUUUUUCUAGCUAAUUUCAGUUUUUCAGCUGCCAUUAAUAGAAAUUAGAAUGGAGGAAUCCACCGUCGCGGUGGCCGCCGCCACGAGUCUGCAGAAGAAAGCUCCGGUGGUGGCGGACGGUGACCGUGAAUCCGCGGGGAGGAGGAGGAUGCCGUACAACCCUUUUAUCUCCUUGGAAGAUGGGUCUCCUUGUAAUGAUCAUCAGACCGUGGCGGCGGCGCCGCUUUUGUCUCCGGCGGUGGUGGCGGUUGACGGAACGACCCGACAACGGGAUUAUGAGGUGGCGGCGGCGGUGCAGAAUAACGGCCAGUUUUGGUGCCAUCCGGCGUUGGAGCCUUUCGUCCACCCCGCCUCGGUUUUGGCAGGUUUUGAGUCGAAAUGUUCUUUGGAGAAUAAUGUAGCUCCGGCGGCGCUGACCACCACCGGGACUAGUAAUUAGCUCACCGGCGGCCGGCAGGCCUUUCUUUGCUUAAUAAUUUUGAUAGAUUUAUUUUUUUGGCUUCCUUUUUAGACUUUGUUAUUUGGAUUGUAAUUUCAGAGUUAAAUAGAAAAAACUAGAAAUCGUUGAAAAAUAUUGAAAAAUUUACGUGUUAAAAGGUCACUUGAUUAAUCAUGCAAAUAAAUAUAUUGGAAAACU